CCAGAUUCGCACUUAUGUUGCAUGAGCCCUUGUCAAUUCGGACAGCUUAAAAGUGUCUCAUAUUUUGGAAAGCGUUACUUAAUUAACCACAGAUUUAACCGAUACAGCAACCAUUCCAAAUUCAUGACAAAAUAGUUUGCAAAGAAUACGACUUUUCGGUAAGGAUAUUUAACAAAAUGUCGGAAGAGGACCUUCCCACCCUGCCCCCUUUGGAGAACGGAGUUAUCACCAUUGGUGAUCUAUGGGAUGCCAGAAAUUCUCGCCGCGUUGGUUUCAAUCUCUUCGGGAACAACAUCACCUCGAAGAAAAUUGGAGAUUUGGACGACCUCUUAGCAAUAGAAACCUCAAACGAAGUUGGCAAAUAUACCUUUGAGCACAUGAAAGAUUCAAGCGAUAAUGCGAACAAGGUCGGACUUGGGGCCCAAAUUACUUGCGAGUUGCUUGGAGGGCUCAUCAAGGUCACGGGAGGGUUUGACUUUGAGGUGGGGUGGAGCAAGGGCAUGUCGACGGAGGAGUGUAUUUGCAUCAUCACAAGGCCAAAGAAUUUGAUCCGAUUAAAAUCCAAUGGCCCCGAUGUCGUACAAAAAUACUAUGACGAACAUGUGAAGAUGUUGCUUGAGAAUAAUCCAGCCAAACUACCCCUUGCGACCCACGUCGUGACCGGAAUUGAUAUAGGAGGCAGGCUGACAUCGUCCAUCAAGGUCACCCAGAAAAAGACCGGAGAUCAAUACAAGGUAGGCUUCUUCAUCAAAGGCGAAGCCAAUCUGUUCGCCCUCACCGGAAAAAUGGAUAUGAACGCCAGCGUCGGGGAAGACAUUCAAAUCACAAAUUACGACUCUAAGAUCAAACUCGUCUGUAUGCCUCCAAUCCCGCCUCCCACGAGCGAGAAGGACUUUUACGAUGAUCCCCCACCAGAUCCUGAAAAUCCUCCUCCUCCAAAUAUCACUGUCGAUAAAAAUUUUGCAGAGGCUCUGGACAAAGAGAAGCACUUUGUGUAUUGGACAACCUUACCGUCCAACCCGAUGGAACUGAUCGGACUCCCAAUCAAAUUCACGCUCAGUCCGAUUGACCGUUACUUGCCCCCAGGAAAUCUAUACCUGCCCCCAGAAGGCGACAACAAAAGGUCAAAACUUCUCGAAGAUGACCCUUCCCUUAAGGAAUUUGAGGGACUCCUCUGCAUCCUUCGCGACUGGGCGGGGACUGAUUGUAUAAAGCGGAGAAUAAUGCAGAAGCUGAGGCGAAUUCAGAAAAUCCUUCACGAGCCGGAACAUGUCUUUACAGUUGAUACGGUUGAAGAGGAAGUUAAAUUACGAGAACUUGCGGAAGAAAAGAGAUUGGACGGUUUAAAAUUAUUCACGGCCUGGAAAGAAAAACUAUUUCUUGAGGGAAAUGAAGAAGAGAGAAAUUUUAAAGAAAUGGUUAGGGAACUGGCAGGUAUAACAGAAGCGCAAGAAGCCGCAAUUGUCGUUUUUGUUAAUAACAUGAUCACAAGGUCAAAAGCGGAAUUGGACGCCGUAAAUAUAACCACGCCAGCAAUUCGAGAAGGGGAAGAAGAAGAGGAGGAACAAGAAUUUGAUGGUGAAGAGAAAAGUCCACUCAUCUAUUUUACGAGUCAGACAGCACUCACCGCUUGGCAGAAGACGCAACGGUUCUGCAAACUCCUCUACUCCGCUUACAUCCCGGAAGAUGGUGCUCCGCCGCCGGAGGGAGAAUCCAUCCCACAACGAAUCUACAAUAUGAGCGAGCGUCUCGGAACGGUCUACAUUCAACCCGCCAUUUCAUAUCCCACGCUUAGUGAGAAAAUCGCUCGAGAAAGGAAAAAGUUUCGGGCUGAAGAUCAAGAGCUAUUUUCCAUCAAUACGCCGAACGGAACUCUCUCGUACACUCGGAGUGACGUAGACCUGGUCAAAAUUCACUUCGUCCUCGACCUCCUCACCGCCCUGACUGGGAUGGGAGGGGAGGCCGACACGUUUUCCAGGAUGGGUCACCUUUACAUCACCUACUGCGAACUGCACGGUAUCAAACUUAACAUUUCCCAUACGAUCGAUGUCAUCCCGCUCAUUCGCCUGUUGGAAGGGAUGUUUGGCUCACUCGCUAUUACGCAUACUUUGACAAGCACUAAAAACGAAAUCGAAAAUCGGGAAGAUUUUACACUCAUAUUUACUCAAGACGGCGUCCAAUCUUCCCGUCACGUUGUUUACGCGUUACUUCAACUGGGCCAAACUGCACCCAAUUUAAAAAAUGGGGACGUCCUUUGCGCCACGUUUGACAUAAUAAACGUCCCAGACGUUCCACCGCUCCUACUUUCCUGGGACAAACAAGUGAAAGGUGUCUGCCUAGAUCACUUGGACCUUCUCGUCCUCCUUGACCUGUACAAGAAGGAGGAGAAGUGGGACGUGGACCAGAUUUCAAAGUACCUUGGGAUCGGUCAGUUUGACCAAUCGCCCCUCUGCACUACGGACAGGGUACUAUUUUCACAGUAUGUGCGACAAAUGUCUUCCUUCCCAACUCGAACGGUUUCUAAUAAAGACUUGAACCCACUUGUUGACAUCUUAACAGCCGUCCUCACCGCAACGGUCCAAGGGCCAAAGGAUCUCGCUAAUGUUGCGACUCGCUAUGCAAUCAAACUACUGGGCGCGGAUUACGACCCUGGAGAUAUUCCUUCUUGGGAUCCGAACCAAGAGGAGUACAUAAUCGAGACAGGGAAUUCAACUGCCUGGGGUGAAAUUGCCACUCAUCUGGGCAUGAUUUGGUCGUCCAAGCCAAGGUUUGCCUACUACAACGCUUUGUUUCUACUCUUUGGUGAAUUCCAACUGUACGCAUCGCCAAUCCCAGUUCCAGAAAUUAUUGAGGAUGAGGAAGACGAGGAAAUUCCCGAAGGCCUCAGAGAAGAAGAGACAGCCACCCCAACCCCGGCAGAGCAAUAUGACACACUAGACAAAAGUCUGCUGAAAGAAUUUCCAAGCGAAAUUAGUGACACCUUCAGGAACGAAGUCGACCUAAUCCACGGCCUCAGAACGCUCCACUCGAAAGGAUGCGCUCGACUCUACACGACCGCCCUCUCGCGCGAAGUAGGCAGAAUAGAACAGCGAAUUGGGGGCGAUGAACAACACCAAGAAAAGGCAACCAAGAUCCAAAUAGUGAAACACUUAAAAGGAAUCGUAUCCGAGAUUCAGUCCAGUGCCACAGUCCCGGACCAUUUGUGCCAUGCCCUUCUAGAGUUUACGGCAUCGGUCGAAAUACCAGAAACAUCAGGGGAUGAAGAUCCCCCAGAAAAUCAGAAAUACCCGCCAGAAAUUCUCUACCGACUGCGUACCUCGCUCAAAUUAAAGCGCUACUACCACAUGCUCAGUGAUUUGGUGGAAAACACGCCAGAAAAAUUUGACAUCCUACAACUCAGCCAUUUUCAGCUGGAAAUGUACCGUCUUGUCAGCAUCACCGACUGGCUUAAUUUGAUCCGACUCAUUCAAGAGAUUUCCACUUUUGAGCAAGUCACCCUCGAACGAAUCUGGAGCAAUGCAAAAUUCCAAUAUUUAAUUCGUGCCAAUCUAAACAACGACCUAGUACUUCGCGCCUUAGCAAAAGGGUUCGUCAAACCGGGACAAAACACUGUUCCUAAAUACAUCCCACGAGAUAUUGCUAAGGCGAUUCUAAGCAUCAAUCUCUCUCCAGAGGGAAACCCGAUCGGUUUUGAACCCAUCUGGACGAGCAAAGCCGUGCUGAUCAAGUCACUCCAAAUCCUGUGGGUCUUAAAAGUCAUUCCCGAACAGUUCCAAUUAUAUCUGCUGAGAAAUACCGUGGCGGAAGAUGGAAUCGUCUACGAAGCUUUGAAGGAUGUUGACGCUUUGCUUUAUUGGAACGAAGAGAAGAAAUAUUUCGACCAAAUUUGGGACUUGGCGACGAUAUAUGAAGUAAUUCUUCGGUUAAUGGGGCAAUAUGAGGCAAAACUCAUAAAAAAUAGGUCCAAUAAACCCCACGAGAUAUACCAAUUUCAACAUAAGAAAUCCACCGUUGUCAGCUCUUCCACUCGCCGACGCACCGAAUUAAUCACCGUCUCCCAAUUUCUCACAAUGACGAAAUCGCCUCCCGCCCAGGAUAACCCAGACUUUGAAAGCAAAAUUAUGAGACUUCUCUACCAUUUGAAACUCAUGAAAAUGAGCUCCCUCCAGGGAAGCUACAACCCUUUCGUACUCACCGAAAGGGUGGACACACUGACACAUCUCCUUUCCCGGGCGGAAGGGCCACUACAAACCGAAUUAUUGACAAUAAUUGGCACUAAAUUUAGUUCGCAAUUCGCCAUCCCACUCACAAUUUGCAAUUCUACGUCUCCUCAGACCUUCAUUUCAUUUACUUACUCGCUCCUCCUGGAACCUUACAAGUCAGCCCAACUCCCAAAAAUUAUCACUGCAAUUCGCAUCGGUCCAGACACACCGGAAGGAAAGAGUCACUUCCUGAAUUCGAUGUGCACCUUGAAUCUAGCCGCGUUUGCAUCAAAAUCUAAUUCCACUCCGGGCGAUAUUCCCCAAUAUUUGGAAGGAUUCAUUGAUGUCAUCAAAAUUAACGAGACCACAGGAAACCCUGUCUUUUUAGAUGUUUUGUUCAGAAAUGGAAAACCAGAAGAAUUUUAUGUCCUUAACGUGCACGGGGACGCUUUAAAAAAUCCGCAACAUUUAAAGCUCAUUCAAACCGUGACCUCAUCGUUCAUGGUGUUUUGGAACCCGCAAAAUUGGAGCAGUGUCGUCGACAAGAAACAAGAGCUUCUAAAUGUAAUAAAACCCUCCCACGCCACCGUUCACUUGUACAUUGAUCCCACGGAGGACACAAUUGAGGAGAUUGAACAGUCCGAAAUUAUCCGGAAGCCAUUUGCAACACCAACCCCGGAAAAUUUGAAUAAUUGCGGGAAAGCCGUGGCCACCGCCCUCUUGCGGAGACCCAAACAACCAAAUCUUUCCAGUAAUGCAGACCCCACUCCCGCCAUCACAUUUCCCACUAAACACCCCGUCGCUGUUGACACGGCGUCCUGGAUUCAUACCAGUUCCACAAAAGUAAUCAAAUCUUCCUUAAUUCUUCAACAGGGAUGGAAACAUGCCAAAACUGAAGCAGAGUUAGAUUCACAUUGGACUUCUGAUCCAUUUUAUGCCACGCUAAUAACGAAACUGGUCCAAAUCUUGGAACACAGUGAAGAAGAAUAUCGCACUAUCUUAUCCGAUCUAGCCGAACUUCUGACUCCCACGAGUGAAAAUGAGGACAUGGCGACCACAGCAUGGAAAAAUUUGGGUUCCCUCACCCACCAAGAAUUUGGUCACACGUCCUUCGGGGCGGUGACUCCAACGACGGUAACAAAGCAACAACAUCUCCUCGGUUAUUUGCAAAACGAUAUUGACACGGCGCGAUUGAACGUUACUGAUCUGCUAACAGAAUUAUGCAAAAUUUACGAACUUUCUCCCGCAAAAUUACCCUUCAAUCCCGUCCCCAUCAUGACAACCCUGUUCCAAUCGAAUUCUUCCGCUCUGCCCGUCCCAUCCGUCCCAAGUGCGGGAUUCUUUACGGAAAAGUGGUCACAAGAGUUCAUCUCCAAUUUAGAAGACACAUCCGUCUUUGUCAUGAACUGUGUUGGAACCGAUGCAUUUCAAAUUAGUGGAGUUGUCAACUCCAUUUUUGGCAUAAGUUUCACCUCUACGUCGUCCCGCUCUGGGUGGAGCGAGACACCGUGGUCCGGUCUCUUCAUGCGGUUGAUUAUCUUGAGUGACGAAAUUACAGACCAAACCGGAAUCCGAUCAAUUCUCCUCCUCCACGCGAAACCACUCUGCGCCACGACCGCCAAUGGUCACCCAACUCUGACACAGAGAGACCAACAGCUGUCCACCUUCCUCCUCGCGACGAGCAACCUCUCCCUCAUUUUCGACUUUGAUCUCACCUCAUUCGAAUAUACCGCCAUCCUCGAAACGUCUCUCAUUGCCCUGAACAAGGUUGACAUUGAUGACAAGACGCCACGCCUCUUCUUCAUCGGCUUGACGGUCCCGCAACUCGGAGGAUCCGAGAUACUGACCAUGCUGGACAGGACGAAACGCAUGGCGGAGAGUUGGAUCGACUACGGCGACAUUUCCACCCUCGGCCACCGCGUAAUCCUCUCCGCCCUUCAGGAUGUAAAUGACAACCCAGGAAGCGUAAUUUUCGACCUUACUCUAUAUCCGACCCUGAUUCCCUUGUCCGACGCAAUUAUCACAGCCGUAACCAAUUUGAAAGACGAGUGUCCCAAAUUACCCGACUUUCUAACCGAACUAGGACCUAUUUGGACCCACAUUCGGGACAAGGUACCCUUUCCGCAUCCCAACUUUGACGAGAUGACCCGGUCAGAAAAAUUCUACGCGGCCCUGCACGAACUACUCAAUCUGAUCGAUGACGCAUUCAACUUUCACGUCGAGGACUUUCCCACCUCCAUAUUUAGCGAGAUGUCAAACAUCAUCAACGCCUGGGUGACCAAAGAGGAGGGCGAAGUUUCCGUCCCGACAAAGAAGGACAAUCUCUGGAGCAGAGUUUCCGCCUAUGUCAACAAAAUGUGGGAAGAUUGCGAAAUGAAUGAAGAAGAUGAACAGUGUGUCGCCUGCAAAAAUAAAGAGAUCAAGCAAAAAGAGAUACUGGACGAAUGGCCACCUUGGGAAACAGAGGAACCUGAACCCGAACCUGACACGCGGUUCACUCAAAUCAAAUUUACCCAACUAGUGGAGGAAUACAUUUCAUGGGAGAGAUGGCAUUACGUCAAUCUUGCAAAGGAAAUGAUGACCGCUUUUGAGAUGCGUCUACUCGCCCAAGAAGAAGAAACUUACAUUGAAGAAGAAGACGACCCUGAAUUCAGUCCUGUUCAGAAAGCUAGCCUGGAAGUGAAGAUUAUCGACUCGGAGAGAAGAUUGAGACAGGAGAUGGUCUCACUUUUCCCUGGAGUGGACAUGGCGUGGGAUGAGAAUGAGGAUGGCUUUGACUACCUUAAAACCACUCCUGCAUUUGCAGAUCCUGAUAAUCCUCUAAUGAAUGAAGAGGAGGCUCAAAAAUUGAGAGAUUUGUUGGUCAAUCUGCCCACUAUUGAGGUCAGGUUGGGCGGCCAUGUUGGGAUUUAUCAGGGAGGAAUGGUUCGUCGUACGAUGAGCACAGUUGAGACGGCAGCCGUGUUAAAAUUCGAACAGGAAGUUGGCAAAAAAAUCAUUAACAAUUUCCGACUGAAGGUUGUCUCCCACACGGUGUGGAGAUUGAACAAAAUUCUGAAUACGUCCCAAAAUUGGUGGAAAAAGGAUCAUGAUCCGCUAGUUAUUUAUUUGGCCAGUUUGCUGUAAGAUUGGAUUGAAAAAUAUCUUUGCAUGUAAAUAUAUAAAUGCAAUUAAGUAAUCUACACAUGAACCAAUUUAUUAAUUUAAUCGUAAUACAUAUUUACAUGCUAAUAAAUAAUGUUAUAGCUUCA